AUGCGCAGACAUUUACCCCACCACAGCCGCUUCUCUUCGCUCGCUGGACGCCGACAACUACACAGGCUCUUCCGUGGGAGCAGACCGAGUGCACCGCGGGAUCCUGGGCUCAAACUACACCCUUACACCGACCACUUCACUCCCGCGCAUCUUUUUGGGAAGUUUCACCCGCACUUUACGAGAGGUUUUUCCCACAGCGACGUCAAAUGCGUCAAAUACACACGGAGCAAGCGUAGACUCCCAGAUCCCUCCUCCUCCUCCUCCUCCUCUGCCUUGGACACUUGGGAAGUCUCUGUGCUGCGCUUGAAAAAGAAAUGA